AUGGAAGAUACGACGAGUAUUUUUUCGACUGAAGAUACCACGUUUACAGAUGGAUCAACAAUGGAAGAUAUGACGAGUACUUUUUCAGCUGAAGAUACCACUUUUACAGAUGGAUCGACAAUGGAAGAUAUGACGAGUACUUUUUCAGCUGAAAAUAUUACUUUCACAGAUGAAUCAACAAUGGAAGACAUGACGAGCACUUUUUCAGUUGAAAAUAUUACAUUCACAGAUGCAACAACAAUCAACAUGACCGAUUAUAAUGAUUCAACAUCGAUCAUCGAUAAUGAAACAGCAAUAACUAACACCGACAGUAGUGUUACAGCACCAAGUGAUAUAACAACAGACACUGCAUCGAAUACUACAGAAACAAAUAUCAUAACUACAGAAAGUUAA